GUCUCCUCCUGCAUCGCACGGUAUCCGGUGGAGCAGUGAGGGAGGGUGCUGAGCCAGUCGUGUCCGGAACCUCCUGCUGCUGCAGCAGCUUCUACUCCACUGCUGCAAGAUUCAUCUCUUUUGCAAGACAAUGGUCCUCUCCCUGUCUGAUCCACAAAUCAUGGACAAAGACACGAACAGGAUGACAGAGAGCGUACUUCACAUCAGCCUAGAUAUGAUCUUCCUGCUAAUAGGAGAGGAUUAUAUAGUGGUGAAGAAGACAUCUGGUGAAUGUGUGAUGCCUAGCAGCCAUCCCCGAUGGUCAGGAUGGGGCAGGACUCAGAGCCCCAGCCUGGAACCUGCAUCUCGCCAACUGAUGUAUGAGAAAAGCAAUGAGCAGAAGAUUUUAAAACUCUCCAACAAGAUCAUAGAGCUGAUAACCAGAGAGGUUCCUGUAAGGUGUCAGAAUGUGUCUGUUCAUUUCUCCAUGGAGGAGUGGGAGUACAUAGAAGGACACAGGGACAUCCUGAGGGAGAAAUACCAGUCCCUCACAUCACCAGUUUCUGAAUACUCCGAAUACUUAGAGUAUCCUUACAGUCUUCUCCAUAGAAGAGUGAUCCUUUCCCUGACUGACCCACCAUGGAUAAACAAGGAGAUGACUGAGAGGAUAUUAAGCAUCACUUUGAAGAUUAUCUACCUGUUGAGUGGAGAGGAUUACACCAUAGUGAAGAAGACAUCUGGUGAGUACGUAACCCUCAGCAACUAUUCUUGUGUACCAGGAGAAAGGUACAGAGCCCAGAGACCCAUUCUAAGAACUCCAUCUAACGCGCUAACACAUGACGGGAACAAUGAUGAGAAGGUCCUGGAACUCACCUACAAGAUCAUUGAGCUGCUGACUGGAGAGGUUCCUAUAAGGUUUCAGGAUGUCACUGUCUAUUUUUCUAUGGAGGAGUGGGAGUAUUUAGAAGAACACAAGGAACUGUACAAGGACUUCAUAAUGGAGAACCACCAGACCUUCACAUCACCAGAUGCAGCCAGUAAAGAAAAUCCACCAGAGAGCUGCCCCAGUCCCACUUGUUCCCAGAAUGAGGAAAAUCACAAUGUCCUAGAGGAUCAUCAGGGGGAAGACCUCAUUGAUAUUAAAGUUGAAAUUAUAGAAAGCGAAGAAGAGACCUAUGUGAUGUCUGAUCAGCAGUGUGAGGAGGAAAUUGGUACCGAUAGCCCAGCAGAUGACAACACCAGGAUCUCAACAGGAUUGUCACAAGUUUGCACAGUGGAGGAUAACAUCAGCAACCGAGGUUCUUUAGAAGAAAACUCUGCUACCGUAAUACCCCCAGGACCUCUUGGUACACCUCUUUUAAGGAAUGCUUCUAAUAAUGUGGAACUGUCAAUAGCCAAAUCGCAUGUCCCUACACAAAGAGCAGGGACGCAGUUUAUAUGUUCUGAAUGUGGAAAAUGUUUUACACGUUCCCAGCUGUUUAAAUAUGAGUCGGCACACACUGGACAAAUACAUUUUUUAUGCGUUAUCUGUGACAAGUCUGUAGCUCAAAAGACUCAUCUUGGAGACCAGGUCAUUCGGACAGUCGGCAAACCAUUUUCUUGUUCAACAUGUGGAAAGUGUUUUGCACUCAAGGCCAUUCUUUUUAGACAUCAGAAAAUUCACUCUUCGGAAAGACCGCUUACAUGUGAAGAAUGUGGCAAAUCCUUUCCUUAUAAAUCCAGUCUUCUCGAACAUCAGAGAUUUCACACUGGUCAGAAGCCAUAUUCCUGUGAAGAGUGUGGGAAGUCAUUUACUAGAAAGCGUGUUCUUGUUGAACAUCAGCUAAUUCACACAGGGGAGAAGCCUUUUCCAUGUCUGGAGUGUGGGAAAUUCUAUGCCCGUAAAAGUCAGCUUGAGAUACAUCAGAGAAGCCACACAGGGGAGAGACCAUUUACAUGUCAGGAAUGCGGGAAAUGUUUUACUCAGAGGUCACAUCUUGUAAAACAUCAGAGAAUUCAUAAAGGGGAGAAACCGUUUUUAUGUCUGGAAUGUGGGAAAUGGUUUACUAAAAAAUCAAACCUUGUGGAACAUCAGAAAAUUCACACAGGGCAGAAUUUGUUUUCAUGUCCAGAUUGCGGUAAAUGUUUUACUAGGAAAUCCGUCCUUUCCGAUCAUCAGAGAAUUCAUUCAGGCGAGAAGCCGUUUACUUGUCUAGAUUGUGGAAAGCGCUUUAACCAGAAAUCUGCUCUCGUUAGACAUCAGAAAGUUCACACAAAGGAGAAGUCGUAUUCAUGUUUAGAGUGUGGGCAAUGCUUUACCUGUAAAGUCCAGCUUAAAAUACAUCACCGCAUGCACACAGGAGAGAAGGUCUUUUCAUGUUUGGAAUGUGAGAGAUGUUUUAUCAAUCAGUCAGAUCUUGCCAGACAUGAGAGAACUCACACUGGAGAGAAGAUGCCGUCAUAUCCAGAACAUGUCAAACAAGAAGAUGAUUUUGAUAUGGAUGAAAGCAGCAACAAAGAGGAGACACCAUCAUCAUGUUAAGAAUGUCGGAAAGAAAAUCAAAGAAUUCCCACCACAGGGGAAAUAUUCCCAUGUUCAGUCUUACAUGUAAAACAUAUCUCGUGAUGUACCAGAGAACUCGCACAGGAGAGAUAUCAUUUACAUGUCUGCUAUGUAUGAAAUAUCUUAACUCUUCUCCACACUGAUCAGCCUAAGCAGGGUUUGGUCAAGCAGCAAAGGACAGUAUUGUUCUGGAGAACUCCAGCUUGGACUGUGGUGCUGCAGAGGGAGGGCUUUAAGGGCUCCUUUCAGGCUCAAAGUGAGCUUGAGCCACAAUCGUGAUCUUGUUUUAAAGCCAAGAAUCUUGAAUGUGCAGCCAAGAAUGUGGCUCUAGUUGCACUCUAGUCUGAGAUAGAACAGGUUGAAGUGAGAGUUGCAUAUACUGUUCUUCCACCUUUCACUACAGGCUAUGUGGAGCUGUGAGUUGGAAGAAGACAAGCAGGUGGCAUGGAGGGCAAGAAGGAGGCUCACAGACCUUCCUCCUGGCCCUGUAUGUGUUAUUAUUAUUAAAGCGCCAUUCAUUCCAUGGUGCUAUACAUAUGAAAAAUAGGUGUACAUACAUAAUACAAAACAAUUGCAAUACGCAUGAACAAGACGAGUUACAAACUGGUACAGAAGGAGAGAGGACCCUACCCGCAAGGGAUUACAGUCUACAAGGAAUGGGUGAAGGAUACAGUAGGUGAGGGACACCCUUCAUGUUAUAUUAUCAACCAUAGGGCAUAGUUACGCUCUAAGGGUCCAUUCACACGUCCGUUGAAUGGGUCCAGAUCCUUUCCACAAUUAUGCGGAAGGGGUGCGGACCCAUUCAUUUUCAAUUGGGCUGGAAAAGAUGCGGACAGCACACAGUGUGCUGUCCGCAUCCGCAUUUCUGGUGCACGGCCCAGAACUUCCGGUCCACAGCUCCAGAAAAAAAUAGAACAUGUCCUAUUCUUGUCUGCAGCUGUGCACAAGAAUAGACAUUUCUAUUGGGGUGCCGGCCCAGUGUUACGCGGAUCCGCAAAACACUGCGGAAGUGUGAAUGGACCCUUUAUUGUCACAUUUAUUUAUUUAUUUAUUCUCGGAAAAGGAGUAAGAAGCUGACCACAGCACCUAAGUGGUUUUAUAGAAAAAAAUUAAAACUGAACAAAUAACUUUUCUCACGUAUUAUUUUAAUAUUGAAAAAGUUAAAUAAAAAUAUAUGCCUCAUCUGUAACGACCCAUGCUAUAAACGUAAUAUUUUAUAUAUCAGUCACAGUAAACCCAAAAACGGAAAAACAAUACCCCAAUUUUCUUUUGCAUUCAUCACACCGAGCAAUACAGGCCGAAAAAAACUAACUGCAACUUACCAUAAAACUGAACACCUUACACAGUUACGCCAUUGGAAAAAUAAUAUGGGACUUGGGGUGACACAAAACUAAUAAUUUUGUUAAAAAGAAAAAGGUGUUAUUAUGCAAGUAUAAAUUUGGCAUCAUCAAAAUACAAUAAAGUUAUUUUAUAAACUAUCGUGUACCCAAAAUAGUUCCUAUAAAAACUACAGCUAGUCCCAAGGUCUUUUACAAAUUGUAAAAAAAAAAAUAUUAAAGGGGGUUUCUGAGACUUAAUACCGAUGACCUAUCCUCUGGAUCGGUGGGGGUCUGACAAACAGGACCUCCGCUGAUCAAGAAGACGCCAGUGCUCAUAGUAGUGCCGCUGCCUUCUCUCAGCUUUCCGUGACGUCACGUUCAUCAUGGUGUAGGAGCAUCUCCGCCCUGAAUGAGGCUGAGCUGCAAUAUCAAGUACAGCAGUUAUACAAUGUAGAGCACCAGUGCAUUCUCAAACAGCUGAUCAGCGGGGGUCCUGGGUGUUGGACCCCCACUGAUUAGAUACUGAUGACCUAUCCAAAGGAUAGGUUAUCCGUAUUAACAUCUCGGGAAACCCUUUUAAAUUCAAACAGAUAUGACCCCUGGAACACAGCGGGAAAACAUUUUACUGGUCCUUAAAUGGGUUAUCCUCGCUAGUGCUGUGAUGAGAGAUUCUCACACAUGAACUAUGGGUUUGUAACCAAGAUAGGAUCACAUGCACAAUGUACAGCACGUGAACCUGGAAGUGCCAGGAACAUAAUUGGAGCGGGAGCGCAAGUACCAAUGAAAAUGUUGUUACUCUAAUCAGGAGGUGAGGGACAUGAAAUAAUAAAAACAAAUUAGAUAACCCCUUUAAAGGUCUUGUCUGGGCUAGGAGCUGACAAGUCCGAUUAGUGGUAACCUGUGUCCAAUAGAGAGAAGAUGAAAAAAACCUGUCCACAGUAUUGCCAUUCAGCACUGGUGCCCUUUCCCUGGCUGCUUAUGGUUUCCACUGGUCUCUUGUGUCGGUGGUCACAUAACCUAGAACAGCAUGUCCCUAGCAGUGGUCAACCAAGCCACUUACAGUCUGGAGGAGACCAGAACUGGACGGGAACAGGACAGUAGCAUGGGAGUGGCAGAACUAGAAGGGCGUUUUUUUUUUAUUGGCCUCAGUUUGUCACUAUUGAGGUUGUCGGCUCCAAGGUUCGAAAACCUCUUUAAGGGCUUGUUGUGUGUGAAGCCUGUGCUGUGGACCGCAAAUUGCGGUCCGUAAUGCACGUGCACCAUCCGUGGGGCAGGCGCAUGGGGAUCGCAGACCUGUUCACUUGAAUG